GCCAGAACGGGUCGAAUGGAGUGGACAUGUCUGUCUAACAAACCGUGUAACAAGGGUGGGAUGAAGGGGACAGUUCAAUCAACAGAGAAUAAAGCCAGGUAUGAUCUGCUGCAGAACAAUAAGAUUUGUUUAAAGAUUGAGCCAGAGGAAGGCAUGUGUGAAAAGACUUGUGUAGCAAAUGUGGAACCAAGGGAAAUAAAUCUUGAUGAAUCAGUAUCAUUCAUAAAGGUUGAAUCAGAAAACGACAUACAUCAAGAGUCAUCAGUAGCAGAUGAAGCAUCAAGGGAGGCAAUUCUCAGUGAUUCUGUCGUAUCUGAGUCUUCUAUCAGUAUUGAGCCAGAUAACAGCACAAAUAAAGAGACAUCUGUAGCAGAUAUGACACCAAGGGAGGUAACUGUGUGUGUGACUCCUGCAGAAAAGAUUUCUAUAAAGACAGAGCCAGAUAACAGCAUAAAUAAAGAGACAUCUGUAACAGAUAUGACACCAAGGGAGAUAACUGUCUGUGUGGCUAAUGCAGAAAAGUCUUCGAUAAAGAUUGAGCCAGAUGAUGACCGACAUAGAGAGGCAUCUAAAGGUGAACCAAUGGUCAGAUGUGUGACACUUAUACUCCCAGACGAUGCAAACAUUGCUCUGAACUCUUUCACUUCUACAGAUGAAAACAAUACUUGUGAUAAAUGUGGGGAAUGUUUUUCCACGUAUUCAGAUCUGAAGUGCCACACCGCAGUGUACCACAGCGAAAACCUUGGUACAUGUGCAGGCAGACACUCAUGUAGUACUUGUGGUGAAAACUUUGAUACACAAGACACACUACAGAAGCACAUGAAGAAACAUGCUGAUUCAGAGAAAGCUUUUACAUGUGACAUAUGUGGUAAGUACUUCGAUGAAAGAAAAGAUCUAGCUAUACACAUUAAAACACACGGUGAUGAAAAGAUGCAGAAGAGAAAACAUUCGAAAAAUGAAAACAAUGUAAAAGAAAUCGGAAGGAAAUCAAAGAAUAUUUCAAACACAGAAAAUUUGAAGUGUGACAUCUGUUUCAAAAGCUUUCAUAGCAAACUUUACCUUAAAAAACAUCAAGCUGUACAUUCUGAAGUAAAAACUUACCAAUGUGAUUUCUGUGAUAAAAAAUUCAAAAUGGCUGAUGGAUUAAAGCAGCACCUACAGGUACACUCAGUUAAUAAACCAUACAAGUGUUCAGACUGUGGUAAAUCAUUCAAGCGGCAAAGUCAUCUCAACACACAUUCUGCUAUACAUUCUGGACAAAAGACUCACAGGUGUGAUCACUGUGACGGGGUAUUUAGUGACCUGAGUGGUCUGCUGCGACAUCAAGUAGUACACACGGGUGAGAAACUGUUCAAGUGUGACAUCUGUGGUAAAUGCUAUGGUAGGAUGGGGACUUUGCAGAGACAUCUUAUAAUUCACUCCGGUGAGAAACCACACAAAUGUGACGUUUGUGAUAAAGGAUUUUCCGAUACAAGUGGUUUGAAAAGACAUAUGAUGAUCCACACAGGAGAUGCUCCGUUUAAGUGUAGCUUAUGUCGUAAAGCAUUUAUACACUCUACUCAUCUCAGCCGACACAUAAAGACACAUAAUAAAACCACUUACAAAUGUGAUCACUGCAGUAAACAUUAUACAAGUCUGGCACUCUUAACAAAACAUACAAAAUUACACAAAUCAUGAAAAAAAUUAUUUCACAAAUUCCCUGUUAAUAUACUUGUCUUGAAAUAAGGCCAGGUAAUGUUAAAAAUUCUAGGUCAAGGUCACACUUAUUAAUUACAGGAUAAUGAGAUGAGCUUUGUUUGUAAUGCUACAUUAACAGUAAUAGAUAUGGAUGGGCUUAUUAACAGGCAUAAGUGUAUGGAUGGAUAAUGUCAAAUCAUUGUUCUUCAACAACAAAAAAUCCUUUUUCUGUGGCACCUGAUUACGUCUAUAAAUGCUGCUCCUGAAGUUCACUAGUACCAGGUACUGAAAUUCAUGUAAUCUUAGCUCACCUGGCCUGAAGGGCCAAGUAAGCUUAGGUCAUGGUGUGGCGUCCAUUGUUCAGCAUCAACUUUUUCCUAUAAAUAACUUCUUCUCAAUAACCAAUGGACCAAAUGGUUUGAUAUUUGUCUGUUCCUAGGAUAAAACCUUUGCGAAAAGAAAUGACCUUGCCUUAUAUUCAAAGACACAGGGGUCAGAUUUGUUUAAACAUUUUAACAACUUCUUCUCAUUAACUAAAAGUUCUAGAGAAAUGAUAUUUGGCUGGUAUGUUCGUAGGAUGAAGGGCGACAAAGUUCAGAAAAGAAAUGAUCUUAACUUUAUUCAAGGUCACAGGGGUCAAAUUUGUUAAAACCUUUAAACGAUUUUUUCUCAUGAACUAAAAGGUCACGAGGCAUGAUAUUUGGCUGGUAUAUCUUCCAGGUGAGCGCUGCAGGCCCAUUGGGCAUCUUUUUUAUCUAUCAUUUUGUAGAUUUAAGCAUUCGCUUAUUAAAAGUGCAUACUGGUACCUACAAAACCCAACAAAAAUCAAACACCCACAAAAAUUUAAAACUCUCAAGUAAAUAUGUAUGGACAUUAGUUUAGUACACAAUAUAUAACAUAAAAUCAUCAGCUUGUGACUUGUAGUCAUUUUUUUUUAAGUGUCCUUACAUUUGUUUAUUGCAGUUGGGUGAUAAGUUUUGUAGAUUCUGCUUCAUUGUCUGAAAUUUUCCAUUUCUGUUGAUCUCCACGACUGUAUCAGAGUGUAGAAUGAUUAUAGUACAUGUUAGUGAUGGGAAAGCGGUUAAAAUCUGCAAUCAAUCAUUGUAUACAAGUUGAAAAGGCAUUUCAAAGUAGUUAAUUGAUUACAUAUUCAUCUGAUUGUAUGUGAAAUAUUCAGAGGAAAAGAAUGCAUGCUCCCUGGCUGUAUUAUUUUCUUUUUCUGAAAUCUUAAUGUAAAAUGCCUCAUUUACCUGAAAUGUAUGUAAUAUUGAAUAAUUAUUGGCUCCUGGCAUCUUUAUCAUGAACAAUACGAAUUUUGUUUUGCUUCAACAAAAGAAAACAUUUAGGUUCCGAUAAUCAAUUUUGAAAAAUCAUUUCAAAUCUUUGCAUCAGCUUAACUGAAAAAAAUUGAAGCUGAACCAAUUUUGUAUGAGUUGUACCAAUAUGUGCCCUGUUUGGUGUAGUUUUGUACAAGUUGUACCAAUAUGUGCCCUGUUUGGUGUGGUUUUGUGUGAGUUGUACCAAUAUGUGCCCUGUUUGGUGUAGUUUUGUACAAGUUGUACCAAUAUGUAACAUGUUUGGUGUGGUUUUGUGUGAGUUGUACCAAUAUGUAACAUGUUUGGUGUGGUUUUGUGUGAGUUGUGCCAAUAUGUAACAUGUUUGGUGUGGUUUUGUGUGAGUUGUACCAAUAUGUAACAUGUUUGGUGUGGUUUUGUGUGAGUUGUACCAAUAUGUGCCCUGUUUGGUGUAGUUUUGUACAAGUUGUACCAAUAUGUAACAUGUUUGGUGUGGUUUUGUGUGAGUUGUACCAAUAUGUAACAUGUUUGGUGUGGUUUUGUGUGAGUUGUGCCAAUAUGUAACAUGUUUGGUGUGGUUUUGUGUGAGUUGUACCAAUAUGUAACAUGUUUGGUGUGGUUUUGUGUGAGUUGUACCAAUAUGUAACAUGUUUGGUGUGGUUUUGUGUGAGUUGUACCAAUAUGUAACAUGUUUGGUGUGGUUUUGUGUGAGUUGUACCAAUAUGUAACAUGUUUGGUGUGGUUUUGUGUGAGUUGUGCCAAUAUGUAACAUGUUUGGUGUGGUUUUGUGUGAGUUGUGCCAAUAUGUAACAUGUUUGGUGUGGUUUUGUGUGAGUUGUACCAAUAUGUAACAUGUUUGGUGUGGUUUUGUGUGAGUUGUACCAAUAUGUAACAUGUUUGGUGUGGUUUUGUGUGAGUUGUACCAAUAUGUGCCCUGUUUGGUGUGGUUUUGUGUGAGUUGUACCAAUAUGUAACAUGUUUGGUGUAGUUUUGAAGAUUUUUGUCAAAAUCUCUCCUAAGGAUGUGAAGAAAUAUAUUUUUAGCUGUUCAUGAUAGAGAAAUGAACAUUUGUGAAAUAUGCAAUCUUUUUACUAAGAAUUUUUAUUUGUUUAUUCUAGUUAGAAAGAUGUGAAACUAAUGUUGUCAAACAGAAAUAUACUUGAGCGUUUAGUGUGUGAUCAUGGCUGACAUGAAUUCACAGUUGCCCGGACUGUUUAUUUAAUGUUGUGUUACAAUUAAUAACUUUUGCUAUUUACACAAUGAAUGUCAUUAAUUUAGUAGACGUAGACUUUCAGAAAUUGUUAAUAAAUUUAAUCUAGUCAGUGUGCUUUUUUUCAGAAAUACAGAAAUAUUCAUGCAUCACUAAUUUCUGAAGCAAUU